UAAUAAUGAAUUGUUGGCCAAACAAAUGAAGAAGUUAAGGGUAUCGAAUAAUUCUUCGAACAAUGCUUCGAAUAAUGCUACCACUCCAUCAAUAUCUCGGGCAAGCAAAAUUAAUAAUUCACGGCAAACAUUAUCUAAUGCUAAAGAUAAUAAAAAUGAUAUAACUGAUAUUACAAUGACAGAAAGUUCUACAAUGGCAACAAAAAAUUCUUCUUUGAAAAACAGUAAUACACCACCGAAAACAAAUGCAAAUUCAAAUAAAUUGAAAAAGACAGGAAAAUCGGUUAAAUUUAGUUUACCAGAUGAAUCACAAUCUAUUGAACGGAGCAAAGCUUUUAAUGAAAAAGUCAAAGAGGAACGAAGAAAACUGAAAAUGAAUAAGGAAUUACAAUUGCAACAAGUAAUGUCCGCGCUGAAUGUUAAUGAGUGGAAAGGAAGUCUCGUCAAGGCGGAUCCAAUUCAAAAUAUCGCUACAGUUAUCGUGAAACCUUUUCCUGGACGAUUUCAAAGACUAAAGUUAUCUAAACGUCCAAGAGUUCCAUAUAUUCUUUAUGAAAAAACUUUUCCUUGUAAUAUUAUGAGUAAUAUAAUCAUUGACAAUGAAACUAUUCAAAAUGUUCCAUUAAAUUGGAAUGUUGGGACUUUCAUUUAUAUUUAUAAUUGUCAUGAUAUUUUGAAAAUCUUUAAAAAUCCUGGUAUUAAAUAUAUGGACUUUUCUCCAGAUUCGAACGAUUGUUUUGAAGUUAAAGAUAUGAGAAAUAUAAUACAACACUUGGGGGCUAUUCUUUAUGAAGAUUAUAACGAUGAAAUUGAACUGAUUCAUUAUCUUUUUGGAAAACAAGUUCUCUUUAUUCCUAAUUUAAUAAAUCUCAAACGAUUACCUAAUUGUAAAUUCUUUGGAUAUGGAAUCGAUCCAAAAUCUCAAAAUUCCUUUACCUUGGAAGAAUAUUUUCCCCAAGGUGGUUAUGUGACCGCAACAACUUCAGUAUUAAUCAACGAACAAGAUGCCAUAGAUCGAAUACUUGCCAUUAUGAAUUAUCAAAGUUAUAAACAUAACGGAGCAAAAUGGGAAUUA